UCCCGGAAGCCACGGAGAAGCGCCUCUAGGAGGAAUGUAACAAGGGAAGUUGUCUUUAGGAAUAGAGGAACUAUGGCUACAGCAGCGAGCCUGAGUCUUAUGAAGUCUGGAGAUCUGAUCAAGAAAGAGCCUUUGGAUUAUGGAGGGUUUGGGGAAGUUUACCUGUGUUACCACAAAACACUGGGCCAGGUGGUGCUGAAGACGGUCUACACCGGACCUCCGCGCAACGGCCGGCAGAAGCAGUCUCUUCUGGAUGAAGGCAGUCUGAUGAGCAGGUUAAGCCAUCAGAGAGUGGUCAAGCUGCUGGGGGUUAUUCUGGAGGACGGAGACUAUUCUUUAGUCAUGGAGCUCAUUCCUAAAGGAAACCUGCUCACCAUGCUGGAGACGGUGCCUGUUCCAAUAUCUGUGAAAGGAAGGAUCAUUCUGGAAAUCGUGGAGGGAAUGGUUUAUCUCACGGAGAACCAAGUCAUUCACAAAGAUCUCAAACCAGAGAACAUCCUGGUGGACAAGAACUUCCACAUAAAGAUCGCAGAUCUGGGUCUGGCCACGUCUCAGAUGUGGAGCAAGCUGACGAAAGAGGAGUCUCGCAGACAGAGUCGUCUGGGCAAGAAGUCGUGUGCGCGCGCCGCUGGCACUCUGUGCUACAUGGCUCCUGAGCACCUGAAGAGCAUCAACACCCGCUCCACCGAGAAAUCUGACGUCUACAGCUUCUCCAUCGUCGUCUGGGUCAUCCUCAGCGGCCGCGAGCCCUAUGAGAAUGCCAGGAGUGAAGAUCAGAUAUGCCACUGUGUGUGUCAGGGUGAGCGUCCCAACGAAGCGCUGAUCCCUCGAGACACUCCUCAAGACAUCAUAGAGCUCAUGAAGACGUGCUGGAAUGAAGACCCUCGAGACCGGCCCACAUUUAAAGAUAGCUAUGCAAUUUUUGUGCCUUUUUAUCAGGAGAAGCUGGCAGCAAAUGUAAAAGCAGAUUUGGAAAGUCUGAUGAGAUCGUAUGAGGGCCCAGAGGAGCUGGUAGAAAAGCUGAAGUCCCUCACAACAGACUCGCUCACUCCUGAAGACCCUUCGCCGUGUUCCAGAGACUCUCCAGGGCCCUUGAGGAGCUCAGACAUCGGUCCGGUGGAGGCUAGCAUUGAAGACCUCAGCUUCAGGACCCCCGAAGAGUCUCUGCUGGAGGUGGACGCCGCGCCUCCCAAUCUGGAGCUCAAACUGGCAAAAGAGUACAACUACCACAAAUACGGCAGUCGUAUAGUGGAUCAGCCGAACGCCAGCAUUUAUAACCCGCUCCCGCAGCAGCCAGCCAGCAGCAGGUGGGCCGGAGAGGCUUCUUCUGUCAAGUCUUGGACUAAACCCGCCGCUUACCCAAACCCAAACCCAGAGGAAGAGCUCCAUCCGAGACCUGCAAGCUCGUUUGAGGGUUUGCACAGGCCAGAACUGGCGAGUCAGCUCUCGGUGCCGUAUUCUGACUACGACCGACUUCAACAUCCACUGUACAAUCGCAUCAAGUCCUGUCCUGAUGGUGCAUCUCCUGUAGCCGAGUCUUUCAUGCUGGAUUCACAGCCUGGCCUGCGUUUCUCGCCCGUCGUGUGUCCUCCGUCUGACUCGGGGUGGCCUGUGGCCAUCUCAAAUGCCAGUGCGAUUCAAAUCGGGAGUUACAACACGAUGAAUUUGCAAGUCUCUGAUAACAGCUCCUUGAGCUCGUUAUCCGCUGGAUCCAUCAACAGAACCAGAUAUAAUGAGCUUCUAAUGACGUACGAGGAGCAUACGGUCACUGAGAACCACCUGGAGGUCGUGCGUCACAACGUGGGUGGAAACUGGAAGCAGGUGGCUCGUAAACUGGGGCUGACAGACAUAGACGUGGACACCAUCGAGCAUGACUACGACCGCGACGGUUUGGCAGAGAAGGUGCACCAGAUGCUGGAGCGCUGGAAGAUGAAGGAGGGUCUGCAGGGCAUCACCGUGGGUAAACUGUGCCAUGCUCUGGAGGGCUGCAUCAAACCCAACGUACUGCUGCAGCUGCUGCUGAAGUGUCAAGAUGCCACUGGAGUGCCUUGAAACGCCACCUUGUGGUUGUGUCAUAAUCCCAUUGGUGUCUUCUUCUCUGGAGGGAAUCAGAUUGGGUAAAGGGGCAUUUAUACAACUCUAACAACCUUCAUCAAACAGUGAAACAUUACAAAGACGUACAGUAUUUCUGACUUCUUAUCAGGCUGUGUUCAUGGUGUUGGAUGCUACGGCAUAAUGAUUACAAUUUUGUGAACUAUUCAUAGCACAAAAGUUAUCUUCUGCCAUGUGAUCUGAGUUCAUCAUUGAUUCGUACAAAGUGCCUUUUUCCUGAACCUGAUCAGUUGAAUCAGUCUUUAUAUUUCAGAAUCACUUGUCAUGAUUGUAAGAUGCUUUAUGAUUUUUUUUUUCUGUUUAGAGAUUUCUUUCAAAUUAAAUACUAGUAUAUAGAUCAGUGACAGGAGUUUGCAUGUUCUCCCUAUGUAAGUGUGGGUUUCCUCCGGGUGCUCCGGCUUCCCCACAGUUAUGUGUGUGUGUGUGUGUGUGUGUGUGUGUGUGUGUGUGUGUGUGUGUGUGUGUGU